AUGGACCCUUUGGAAGCAAGGUUAUAUUUCACUCGCCAGCUAAAGAGCAUGUCUGCUUCUUUGCAGCAGCAUACUGAGUGCGCCAAGUUCGCCAUUAAGAACGAGGAAUUACAAGAAGACUUCCACUCAGUGAUACUGGAAGUGAUAUCCGCAGUUGAUCUGAACGUGAGACUCAACGUAUUUGAUUUCAUAGAGGUGUUAAUUGAGGAAACCCUGAAGCUGGGCAAGGUGCCAGAGAGGCCAUAUCUGAACAGACUGGUAGCAGACUUGCCUUUGAUCAUACGCCAAGUGAUACCGACCACAGAUGAUCUAAAAGGACUUGCUAAUUUAAACACUUCCUGCACGAUUCUGGCAAGCUUGAGCCGUGUUCUUGGCUAUGAGUCUGCCUUACGAUACCAGCAAAUUUUACAGACCAUCGGGGAAAGUAAGGCUGAAAUUCCCUCGUUUCUGGAUGCCUCCUGCAAAUAUUCAGAGCAGCUAGCUGAGUGCUGGAUUUUUGUGAUACAGAUGAGACAAAAUGAAAGAUCACAGAGGCAGGCAGAAGAUAGACUGGCAAACGAUUCCAGUUUCAGCAUGGCUCAAGUUCAGCCGACAAAUACUGCAGAUACGCCGAAGGCACCCAAGAACGAUUCAAGAUCACAAUCUGUUCAACCGGAAGACUCGAGUGCGCCAAAUGAGCCCGCCUCUUCGCCAGAGAAGUCCUCGUACUUGGCGUUUUCCAAUCAGCAAAUCCUAGCGAGGAUGGAGCAGGACAGAGAACGCAAUAAGAGGGCCAAGGAAAGUUUAUGGAUAGUCGAGAGACCAGACGGAAAAUUCACCAGAGCGGAAUUCGAUGCAAUAUAUGCCAGAUUCAAGCCUCUUAGUGAAGAAGACAUGAAUGUACUUGGUGAAGUUCGCACCAUGGUUCAAGAGUCUGUCACUACGGACGAUUUGAAUCACUCGGGCAAAAAGCUGAAACUGACAUAA